GGCGAAUUUGUCGCAUCCGCAUUACAGCAAUUCGCCACCGAAAAGGGCUUCGACUUGCAAACUGAUGUCGAUCUCAUCGGUGGCCAAGGCCAAACUCUCUGGCACUUGCCUCUUCCCGAUUUAUUCCCCGGCCGCGACGUCUCGCGAGCACAUUUGGACAUUUCUGAGAUUUCCAUCAUCGCCGCGAACACGGGGAUCACCACCAUGGGAAAUUUUCGCGUGUCGGAUCUGGCGCUGGGAAGGCAGGGGUGUCCCAUUUUCUCCGCUCUGGAUAGUUUGCUCGUGAACCAUGCGACGAAGAACCGAGCGGUGCAGAAUAUUGGCGGGAUAGCGAAUUUUUCUAUUAGUCCCGCGGGAGAUGUUCGAGGGCAUUAUGAUUUGGAUACGGGGCCGGGAAAUGUUUUUAUUGAUGCUGCUGUGCGCUACUUUACGCAGGGACAGCAAGAAUAUGAUCACAAUGGGCGAAUGGGCGCACAAGGUCGUAUCGAUCAGAAGAUGGUCGAUGAAGUUCUUUCCGGGCCGUAUUUCCAACAUGACAUUCCCAAAACUACAGGCAGAGAGACAUUCGGCGACAGUUUUGCCGAAGACAUUUGCAAGAAAAUGUUGACGCAGAAUGGAGCAGCGACUCCGGAAGAUUGCAUUGCCACCAUCACCCGCAUCACUGCGCAAUCACUACUCGACCACUAUCGCCGCUACGCUCCCGUACCACUCGACGAGGUGUUUCUUGGCGGGGGCGGAUCCUAUAAUCCCAACAUUAUCAACUAUCUCCGAGAGAACAUGCCCCACACUCGCUUUGCCAUGAUUGACGAACUCGGCAUCCCCGUGGGCGCCAAAGAGGCCUUGGGGUUUGCUCUGUAUACGUGCGAAGGCUUCGUGGGCAGACCGCUGAUGGUGCCGCGACGCACGGAGAGCGAGCGUGCGGGAGUGAUUGGCCAUGUGCAGGCGGGAGACAAUCAUUUUGACUUGAGGAGACGUGUUGUGAAUUUCUGGGGAGAUUGGGCGGCGGAUCAGGUGCUGCCUACGACGAAAAUGGUCUUUGAAGGCAUGGAAUCCACCUAAGGUAUACUCAGGUAGGACUCAAUGACAACGACACCCUUGACGAAAAGUGUGUAUAUUCUAC